AUGCUCGCUCUCUGUCUCUCCGGCCCCACCCCCUCUCUCUCCCCUCUCUCCCAAACACAACCGCGCCCGUGCCCCCAACUCAACCGCGCCCGCGCCCGCAACGCCACCGUCGAACACCGCCGCCGCCCGGACGCUGCUGCCACCCCACCCCGCCGCAGCACCACCACCGCCCGGCCAGCGCCGCCCCGCCGCCGCCCCCCACACUGUCGCCGCCCCACCCCGCCGCAGCACCACCCCACCGCCCCGGAGCCCUGCGGCCUCGUCGCCACCACUGCCCGGCGCCCCCUCCGCCCGGCCAGCGCCAACCCGCCACCCCGAAGCCCUGCAGCCCCGUCGCCACCACCGCCCGGCGCCCCCUCCGCCCGUCCAGCGCCCCUCCGCCACCGAGCAACACCGCCGCCCGGCGCCCCUGGGCCUGCCGCAGGUGUUGACAGGAUGGUGGGCAAGGGUCCAGAGCGCUACUGGGAGGGGUGGUUCCAUUACUCCAGCCCAGCCCCUCCGGAGAGCGCUGCUAGACAGUAUGCAGACAACUGCGGUGGGCGCUUCUUCUUCGGCUGGGAGAGGUCGGGGAAGGACAAAGAAGCCUGCUAG